UGCUCCACCUGUACCACCUUCAGCAGCAGCAAUGAGGAUCCUGGUGUGCGUGUUCCUGUUUGGGCUGGCUCUGGCCGAGGAGAAGCAGGUGGAAAAAAGGGGAGUGAUUGGUUCCCUAGGUGGCUAUGGAGGUGCGUCUAUUAGCGGAGGUUAUGGAGGCGGCUAUGGCGGCGGCUUUGGUGGUGGUUAUGGAGGUGGCUACGGAGGCAGCUAUGGAGGUGGCGUCAGCUCUGCAGUUGGAGGAGGUCAAGUAACCAACAUUGCCAUAACCAAGCAGGUGCCCAUCCCAUACCCAGUACCAGUGCAGCGUACUGUCCCAGUACCAGUCAGGGUUCCUGUCACGGUGCCAGUCAACAGGCCGGUACCAGUGCCCGUCCCACAGCCGUAUCCCGUCCCCGUGCAGAGGCCAGUCCCAGUACCCGUGAGUGUCCCUAGCCCAGUCCCCGUACCAGUACCACAGCCCGUCGUCGUCAACCAGCCGGUACCUGUCGUCGUGGGAGGCGGAGCUGGUGUUGGAGGAGGUCUCGGAGGCGGCUACGGCGGCGGCAUUGGUGGAGGCUACGGUGGAGGCUACGGAGGAGCCAUCGGCGGUGGCUACAGCGGUGGCUACAGCGGCGGCUACAGUGGUGGCUACUCUGGGGACACUGCUGGAAGCUAUGGAGGCUACGGGAAAUACAAAACCUCACAGUGGCAUCAGUCAUUGCCUGCUCCACACGUAACACCUUCAGCAGCAGCAAUGAGGAUCCUGGUGUGCGUGUUCCUGUUCGGACUGGCUCUGGCCGAGGAGAAGCAGGUAGAGAAACGGGGAGUGCUUGGCUCCCUGGGUAGCUAUGGUGGAGGCGCUUCUAUCGGCGGGGGAUACGGGGGCGGCUUUGGUGGCGGUUACGGAGGCGGAUAUGGAGGCGGCUAUGGAGGUGGCAUCAGCUCUGCGGUUGGUGGAGCUCAAGUGACCAACAUUGCCAUCACCAAGCAGGUGCCCAUCCCGUACCCAGUACCAGUGCAGCGUACUGUCCCAGUACCAGUCAGGGUUCCUGUCACAGUGCCAGUCAACAGGCCGGUACCAGUGCCCGUCCCACAGCCGUACCCCGUCCCCGUGCAGAGGCCAGUCCCAGUACCCGUGAGUGUCCCUAGCCCAGUCCCUGUACCAGUACCACAGCCCGUCGUCGUCAACCAGCCAGUACCUGUAGUCGUGGGAGGUGGAGCUGGUGUUGGCGGCGGUUUCGCUGGCGGCUACGGUGGAGCCAUUGGUGGAGGCUACGGUGGAGGCUACGGAGGAGCCAUCGGUGGUGGCUACAGUGGUGGUUACAGUGGUGGCUACGGCGGUGGCUAUGGAGGUGGCUACUCUGGAGGCAUCGCUGGAGGCUAUGGAGGCUACGGGAAAUACAGCCACUAACAUCAGUAGCUGAACCCAACAUCUCAGACAAAACAUGCCACCAGAGAUUCAUUGUGUAGUUUUUACAGCCAUAUGUAACUGUAGCAUGAAAUAAAAAGAAUGUAUGAGAUACGCA